UGGGUGCAGGAGAAUCGGGAUGGGGUUUUGUGCUCACUGGGUGGUGGGGACAGAGUGGCGCGGACGCGCGUGGAAUCAGGAGGUGGGGUGGGGGCAGGAGUUAGGCCGGGUGCGGCGAGGAUGAGGUGAGGCCGCGCGCUCCUCUCUGCCGGCCUCUUUCUCCGCCCUUCCCGUCUCCCGGGGGAUGAGCCUCCGCGUCUGCCCGCCCCCAUCCUAGGGCGGAGGCCUCGCGCACGGCCCAGACUCGGCGCUCGGGUGCGGGGUCUUCGCCGCCGCCCGCUCCCUCCCGCCCUGCCGCGGCCCCUGGGGCAGCCGCUCCGGCCCGCGGUUCCGACAGAAGCCCGCGGCGGGUUUGCUCCACAAAGAUGAACUGGACGGCCGCGACGUGCUGGGCUCUGCUGCUAGCCGCCACCUUCCUCUGCGACAGCGGUGCGGCCAAGGGAGGCCGUGGAGGGGCUCGCGGCAGCGCCAGGGGAGGGUUGCGCGGAAGCGCGCGCGGGGCCCCGAGGGUGCGCGUGAGGCCGGUGCCCCGCUACGGAGGCUCCUCCCUGCGCGUGGCGGCAGCGGGGGCGGCGGCCGGGGCUGCCGGGGCGGCCGCGGGCCUGGCAGCGGGCUCCAGCUGGAGAAGAGCCCCGGGCCCAGGGGAACACGACCUGGAGGACGAGGACGCGGGACCAGGUGGCAACAGAACGGGCCAAGGCGUCUACAGCUACCGGGCAUGGACUUCAGGCGCGGGGCCCACCAGCAGCCCCCACCUCUGCCUGCUGCUGGGCGGCGCUCUUGGCACCCUGGGGCUCCUGCGGCCCUAGGCCCUGCCGCGCUUGGGCAAGAUCUGGCCCCCAGCCAGUGCCCUCCGGCAGGCCUCUCCAACCUGCCCCAGAGACCUCCAGCGGCUGAGCACCCCCUUCCCACCGCUGCCCACUGCCUCUGAACCAGGGAGCCCAGUUCCACCUCUCACCCAGAGGCGGCCUCCUGCUCACAGCCCUCCACAGCCUCCCCAGCUUCCCCAUUUCUCACCCUACCAGAGGCCCAGGGCCCAUCAGCUCCAGGAUGCCCCACCUACCACCAGGUCAGGGUCCUCCCCAGCCAGAAACGUGGUGCCUGUGCUGCCGUGACCAGCAGUCCAGCAUCUCUCCCCAGCUGCCCAGAGAGAUGUGCCAAACCAGGGUGUUCAAGCCAUCCCAGCUCCCCUGACCCCAUCCUGCACCCUGGAGGGGUGUGGACAGUGCUGACCACCAAGCCAAGAGGUGGGCCCUGAGGACACUGUGGCCCUCCCCCACAGCAGCAGCCAGUACAGACUGAAGGCCUAGUGGCUCUGGGGAAGAAGAGGUUUCUCUCACAAGUUCUCGUGUGCCUACCACCUGUCCACAAAAGGCAGUCUGGGGAUUUCGGGGCCCACACGUGCCCAUCAUGGGUUUCUGGAUAAUUCCCAGGGCACCCCUGCCACAGCAGCUGCCCCAGAGCCUUGCCAGCCCACCCUUGGGCCCAGAGGCAUGCCCCCCUCCCUGGACACUCUCAAGACCAUGGACCCAUUGGGGCCACUUUGCUCCCACGUGGAACAAGUCACUCAACUCUUCUUGGGACCUAUUUUAG